CGCGAGCAGCAGACGAUACGCGCGCGGAAAGAAAACAUAAGUGUGUGCUGUCUUGUAAAGUCGUCCGUUCUACCGCGAGCAACUCAGGAACGAGUGUAUGAUACACUGGAUACUUUCAAAUUAUUUCUGUGAGCUCAAGCAUAUUACACAUGGAAGAUCCACUUGUUUUUGAAGCUAUUGCCCUGGCAGUGGCAGUAAAUCUUCAGAUUAGGGCAGAACGGCGACGAAAACGAAAAGCCAGGCGUUGUUGGGUUCGACCCUGGCUGAAAAGAAGGGACGAAGGCAGGGGAAUAUAUUCACUUUUAAUGAAAGAACUGAGGCCCGAAGAUCCGCAAGAAUUUCGGAACUUCGUUAGGAUGGACAUGGUCUGUUUCGAGAAGCUGCUGUCUAUGAUAGAAGAUAGAAUCAAAAAGUGUGACACAGUCAUGAGGGAGGCUAUCUCACCUUCUCGAAGGCUGGCAGUAACAUUACGGUUCCUGGCGACUGGGGAAUCUUUUAAGAGUCUGGCUUUCAGCCACAGAAUUGCACAGCCUACCAUUUCAAAUGUUAUUGUGGAUGUAUGCACUGCAAUUUGCGAAACUUUAAAGGACCAAUACUUAAAGGCACCAUCAACAGAAGAAGAGUGGAAUAAAAUUGCCAAAGAAUUUGAUGAACUGUGGCAGUUCCCAAACUGCAUUGGUGCAAUGGAUGGGAAACACAUAGCAUUUGCCCCACCACGAACUGCUGGCUCAACAUACUUCAAUUAUAAAAAGUUCCACAGUGUUGUUUUACUAGCUAUUGUGGACGCUAGGUACCGAUUCUCUUUGAUUGACAUUGGGUGCAAUGGAAGAGUGAGUGAUGGUGGGGUGUAUGCAAACAGCCUGAUCAGCAGUGCACUUCGGGAAAACUGGUUGAAGGUACCACAGCAAAAAUCACUUCCUGGCACAAACAUUGAAGUGCCAUAUGUGAUUCUUGCUGAUGAUGCCUUUCACCUGGAGCCAUAUAUCAUGAAACCCUAUAGAGACUGCCAGAACCAGAAGUCCAAACAGAUUUUUAACUACAGAUUGUCAAGAGGAAGGCGAGUAGUGGAAAACACUUUCGGAAUUCUGGCCAACCGCUUCAGAGUUCUUCUCAGUACAAUGCGACUACCUGUUGAGAAAGUGGAAUUAAUUGUUCAGACUUUAUGCAUACUGCACAACUACUUGAUUGAAGAGGCAGACACCACAUAUGUGACAGCUGCUGAUACAGAAAACACAGACUUGUGCACCAUUAACAAUGGUUCCUGGCGAGGAGAGAAAUCUCUCUCUAGCAUACCCCAGCAGAGUGGAAAUCGCACGUCACUGUGUGCCAGGGAAGUGCGCGAAAAAUUUUGUGAAUUCUUUAGUACAACAGGUUAUGUUUCAUGGCAGUGGGAAGCCAUUAAGAAGUACAACUUUUAACAGUAAUAAUGUACAAAAGGCAAUCUUUUAUUUAAAAAUGACUCAACAAUGUAAUGCAAUGCCUUAACUUUAAAAUCAGUUACAUAUUUCUUUAUGGAUGCCAUCCAUGAUACAUUUCAUGACAUUCAAUUUUACAUCAGCCUUAAUUGCUGGAUUUUUAAAUUUCUUCAGUUCAGCAGCAACAUACUGACCAAACUUGUCAUCUUCAUUACUGCCACUAAUUGAAACUCUAAUGUCUCUUAACACUGACAACGUUGAGGUGGCUAAUUCAUCCUCAGUCUCCUUCCUAUGCCUCUUUCUGGCUGAAGCAUAAGGCUGCUCACUUAGAGGUGAUGGUGUUGACACAGGUGUACUUCCGUCUGACAAUUCCACAGUAAAUAUGUCUUGAGAGUACUGGAAAUAGAAAACUGAUGUAGAUAUUGUAAUACGUAUGUAGCACAAUACUAACAUUAAAGUGGUUAUGUAAACUACAAUGGUCUGUUUAAAGUUCUCUGUGUAAAAUAUAAGUAAUGUAAGUAACCUGUAUGAAAGUGAAGUACUAUUUUGUUGGAGCAAAUAUAUACAAUACAAUCAAAGUGU